AUGGGUAAGAAGCAAGCGAGUCCUGCCUACGUCCUAGGCGUAGGCAUGACCAAGUUUAUCAAGCCGCGCGGCAAAGUAGACUACCAUGAGCUAGGAUACGAGGCUGGCAUCAAAGCCAUGCUUGACGCGAAGGUCACCUAUGAUGAUGUUGAUCAGGGUGUGGCCUGUUACGUCUAUGGUGACAGCACCUGUGGCCAGCGCGUCUUCUAUCAGUUCGGCCAAACCAGCAUCCCUAUCUACAAUGUCAACAACAACUGCUCUACCGGAUCCACUGGUCUCGCCAUGGCCCGCCAAAUGGUCUCCUACGGUGCCGCGGACUGCGUUUUGGUUGUUGGUUUCGAGAAAAUGAACCCUGGUAGCUUGCAGUCCAUGUACAAUGACCGCGAGAAUCCCACGGGAUUGUUUGGCAUGAUGAUGGCCGAAACAAGGGGCGUGACGAACGCCCCUGGGGCUGCGCAGAUGUUCGGAAAUGCCGGCGUGGAAUAUAAAGAGAAGUACGGAGCCAAGAACGAAGACUUCGCUGAGAUCGCCCGCAUCAACCACGAGCAUUCCAAGCGCAAUCCCUACUCGCAAUUCCAAACCGAGUAUACACACGAGCAGAUCAUGAAUGCGCCCAUGAUUCACGAGCCCCUGACCAAGCUGCAAUGCUGCCCGACCUCGGACGGCGGUGCCGCCGCUGUCAUUGUCUCGCAGGACUUCCUUGACGCACGACCCCACUUGAAGGAGCAUGCCAUUCUCAUCGCGGGUCAGACUCUUGCUACUGACACGGACACUGUCUACAACAAGAGCUCGAUUGAUCUGAUGGGCUUUGGCAUGUCGCGCCAGGCCUGCCGGUCUGCCGUCGCUGAGGCCGGCGUUAACGUCAAGGAUAUCAAGGUUUGCGAACUGCACGAUUGCUUCUCUGCCAAUGAGAUGAUCACCAUCGAUGCGCUUGAGCUAUGUGAGCCUGGCAAGGCGCAUGAGAUGGUUCGUCGUGGUGAUAUCACCUACGGCGGCAAGAUGGUUAUCAACCCGUCUGGUGGUCUCAUUUCCAAGGGCCACCCGCUUGGUGCGACUGGAAUUGCCCAGUGUGCGGAGCUGGUCUGGCAUCUACGUGGCUGGGCGAACAACCGUCUGAUCGAUGGUACCUCCGCGGCAUUGCAGCACAAUCUUGGUCUUGGCGGUGCUGUGGUAGUCACUGUAUACAAGCGCGCUGAUGGUAAAGUUGCCGCCGCUGUGCCUUCUGACGUCGUUGGUAAGAUCAACGGCCUGGGUUACAACCCGGCUGUCGAAGCUAAGGGUUUCACCGCUGAGCAGGCCAAGUCUGUCGUCAGCAAGAAGCACAGCGUUGCGUACGCCCUGUCUGACACGGAGGAGCGGGUUCUUGCCAGAUUCUAG